GUUAACAUCGAACUAUACAAUAUUAUAGUUCAAUGAAAGUUAACAGCACGGCGCACCAAGGUUUAUAGAUAAUAUUAUAGUUAGAUAUCUUAGAUAUCUAUAAUCUUUAAACCUUGACGGCGCACGGCCAAUGGCCAUACAUCAUAUUAUACUAUGGAUAAAAUCAAUGCAAGUUAUUGCCGAUAUUAGCGACGGGUCAGUUUAUUGGGUACUCGAUGUGCGACUAUAUUAUAUAAUAUAGAAAUUUGUGACAUACAACGUAGACAGAUCAUUGACCUUAUAAAUACAAGAAAUAGGUAUAUCUAUGACACAAAUCCUAUCUGACUAAUUUUUUUCUAUCUACUCAAUGGACUCAAUUCUGUGUGAUAAAUGUAUUAUGUAGAUUUUUUUUUAAAUACAAUUUUUAUCUGCAUAAUUUUAAACUGUGGCAUUGCAUACGCUUAUAUAAGUUGCUUGAUAACCUACUUAUACUUUUAUAUCUAUGGAUAAAAUAAUUAUAAUGAUAAUCUAUGUAAUAAUUAUAAUUAUAAUUAUAAUUUUUAUAAUCUAUGUAGAUUAUCGAUAUUCUUAACUAUGAUCGAGUCAACCGUAGACAUUUAUAUGAGUGAAGGAAUAUAGUGUCGUAGUGGACGUUAAACAUUAGGAGUUUUAAAUCGAAAAAUAUUAUACGAAUAAACUAUUUUAAUUUAUAUUUUGUUCCAUCAGCAGUCGUUUAAAGUUAAAAUAGUCACUACACCGAUGUAUGUGACAAAUCAAAAAAGAUAAGGAUAUCAGUUUCCAAAACAUAAACAGACUCGGCUAUCUUUUUUUGCAAAUCAACUAUAAUGAUAACAAUCUCGUAUUAUAAAAUAAAUCGCGAACUAGUUUCUGUGUAGCUUCUUCGCCUUUCACAUUAGAUUUUUAGAACAUGAAACGAAAAGCGAUAGAGUAAUAAUCUUAAAGAAAACUAUCUAAAAUCGUGUAUCCACUGUUAUCAAACCUUAACUGAAACGAUGGUUUUCGGAAAAAUUAAUUACUUUAUUAAUAAAAAUAAUGCUAAUUUAUAAUUUAUGUAGUCGUGAUUUUAGUCAUGAUUGACGUUCAUAUCAACAAAUUAAAAUUGAAAAAAAUGAUUAUCCGAAAUAAAACUCUAAUUAAAUUAUUUGCUCUUUUGGUUUUGUGUACAAUCAUUCUGUACGUGAGCAAAUAUAGUUUUAAUAAUAGAUAUGAAUUUGUGAGAGGUAAAGACCUUUUAGAACAAGCAAUCCGAGCAGCACAAUUUGGUGGUAUUCAAGUUAAAGCUAUCCACAAUGAACAUUUAAUUAAUUCCCAAUCAAAGGGGAAAACUAUGGAAGGUGCAAAUGAUCCAGUUACUAAUGCUGAUUAUACAUCUCAUUGUGCUAUGUAUUAUUUGUUGAAAAAAAAUAUACCGAACGUAAAAGUGAUAUCAGAGGAAGAAUUAUCUGAGAAAGAAUGCAAAAAGUUAAAUCUAAGAAAAUUAAAAGAUUAUGAUAUCGGACAUAUAACAAAUAUUGAAGAAGAAUUUGAGAGGAAAUACAUAACCAUAUGGAUUGAUCCAUUAGAUGCAACUCAAGAAUUUACUGAAAGUUUGACUCAAUAUGUAACUACCAUGGUCUGUGUUGCAUAUAAAGGAAAACCUAUAAUGGGUGUUAUACAUGAACCAUUUUCAUCUAAAACAACAUGGGCUUGGCUCUCAAAAUCAAGAUCAAACAAUUUCAACAAUAUUAAAGUUCCUAACAAAAAGUCAAUUAUUAUUUCAAGAUCACACAAAGGUGAUGUAAUGGGUCUAUUAAAUCAACGGUUAUAUGGUCUACCAGUGGUAACAGCCGGAGGUGCAGGAUUCAAAGUUUUACAAGUUUUAUUUGGAAACUCAUCGGCUUAUAUUCAUACAACUAACAUUAAAAAAUGGGAUAUAUGUGCUGGGCAUGCUAUACUAAAAAGUAUAGGAGGUGAAAUGACAUCGUUGGAAAAUGAAGAUAUUACAUAUGAAAAAUAUACAAGUAUGGUGCAUGUUGGAGGAAUAUUAGCUACUGCACGUGAUCAUUUAUACUAUAUAAAUGCACUAAAAAAUGGGAGAAGUGAUUGAAGUAUUAAAUAAUAGGUUUGUACAUUUAUUUGUUUUAAUUGUAAAACGUAAAGACAAUAAAGUUGUAAUUUCCAUUGAAAUGUAUCGUUUAA